AUUAUUUACUCAGUUGUCUUUCGGACUGCAUUUGGAAAUCUGAAACAAUUUAAUUUCGAGAAUUCUUUCGAGAUAAAUUGUGCUGUGUGAUAGACAUGAUAAUUGGUAGUUAAUUUACUAAAACACAAUUUUUCUCAAUUACUACAUAAAGUAAAGAAGAUUUGAAGAAAAAAAUAGAAAAAAGACAUAAAAAUCAAUAACACAAGAGAAACAAGAUAAAUUUAAGCAAAUGGACGAAGGAGCUCAGACACUUUCUACAGUUUUGACUGGCAAAGAACAUGAGAGUUUGGAACAUAACAAGACAAAAAAGAAAAGUCGGGAGGCACCAGAAGAUAACACUUCCGAUACAAAAAAAACGAGACAGAUGAGCACAGAAAGCAAUGAUUUCACAAACAAUAAUCAACAAAACAUCGGCGAUUCUCGAAGCAGUUUAAAAAAUAGUGAAAAAGAUUCAAAUUCAAUAACAUUUGGAAUGAAAUAUUUCAUGCAUACGUAUCAAGUUUUUGAUUCUAAAAAGUUAAGGAAAAAAGCUAGAAAAAUGGCUAUUCAGAUAAUGAAACAAAUUGGGUACGCAAUAAUGGUUGUGAAACCGGGAAAGUUUGCAAUGAAAUAUGCUUCUUCAGUACCUUAUCAUUUAUUUUUCACUAGAGUCGAAAAUUCUGAAGAGACUUACAAUCAACAAUUCUCCAUAACUUUCUCUGAGAUUCUCGAUCAUAGUCUUGGAGAAAUUGUUAACAGUCUUCAUUUAACUUUUACUGUAGAUGUCGGGUGGUUAUAUUUGCAGUAUAUGUUAGCUGGUCAAUGUACCGACAUGACAAUUUUGUAUAAACAUAGAAUAUGUCCAUGUCAUGAGGAAUUAAGUAAAAACAUUACUGUAAUAAAGGUAAAUGGACACGAGUUCUCGAGCCAUCAUACGAACAUCAUGAUCUUGCAAUAUAGUAAUGGGAUUAGGGUGGUUGUCUCUACUGCUGCCUUAUAUUCUGACGAUUGGAAAAACAGAACACAAGGAUUAUGGAUCUCGCCUCAUCUGCCCAGCCUGUCAGAAUCCGCAAAUCCUGAUGAUGGGGAAUCUCCAACGGAUUUUAAAAAAGAUCUUGUGCGAUAUCUGAGUAAAUAUGAACAACCGGCUUUGACGCAGUGGAUACGUGCAGUGCAGAUGACGGAUUUUUCUGAUAUAAAUGUGUUUCUCGUUGCUUCUGUUCCCGGAAUUCACGAAGCUGACGAAGCCGACUUUUGGGGACAGAGGAAAUUAGCAUACGUUCUAUCGCGCUUUGCCACGCUGCCGUCAGAUGCACAGUGGCCUAUAGUAGCACUGAGUUCUGGUGUAGGCUGCUUUGGUUCAAAGUUCGAAAGUGGAUUGUUACAAGACAUAACUUGGUGUAUGUCUAAGGAAACUUCUAAAGAUUCAAAGAAUCCUUCACAUUUUCAGUUUAUUUAUCCGUCAAUAGCGAAUUAUAAGCAAAGCUUUGAUUUUCGAGUUUUAAGUACCCCCUUGUUGUACAGUGCAGAAAAUCAUUUUAAACAACAGUGGCUAGAAUCAUAUUUAUAUCAAUGGAAAGCUACGCGAACAGGACGAGAUCGUGCGAUGCCUAAUAUUAAAUCCUACACAAGAAUUUCUCCCGAUUCGAAAGAAAUUCCCUGGUAUUUGCUUACCAGCGCAAAUCUGAGCAAAGCUGCAUGGGGAUCAAGCAAACAAUAUGGUUAUAGUAUAGGGAACUACGAGGCCGGCGUCGUAUUCAUACCAAAAUUUAUUACUGGAACAAUAACAUUUCCUAUUGGAGGAGAAGAAGAUACAGACAUUCCAAUAUUUCCGAUCCCAUACGAUCUUCCAUUAAGCCAAUAUGAAUCGGGCGAUGAUCCUUUUGUCGACGAAUUUGUCAACUCUCUAAGAUUUAGGCGUGCAAUUAAGAAAUAA